AGUGAGUCGAGGGAGGAAAAGUUGCAACAAGAAGCAGCAACAGAUACAUUCAGGAAGCAGCAGAGAGAGGAAAGAAAUGGAAAAAUAUGUGUGGAGGAGGUAGACGCCAAGGGAGGUUUCAUUCCCCACAGCUCCUCUCAGUUUAUCAGGAUUUCCCUCCCUGGACGCUGCUGCUCUAAGUGCCUUCUCUACAGGGCCAUACUCUUCCAUAUCGGGACCUGGAUUUGGACAAACAGUGAAGUGGACACAAUCAGACGGGAACGCUGCGUUGAAAGUUGAAGUAUUUGUGGUCAAUUCAUGUCUGUCCUUUGAGGUUUUAAGUAGGCCAAGGAAUUAGUGACAGAAUCAGCAUUAUUAGGCUGUAUUGGUAAAUAUUUGAUAUAUACUUGUUUUUUUUAGACAACAGAGACUGUUCUAUGCACUUUUCCCUUUGCAUGAAAAACUGAUUUUUGUAUCUAGCCUGACAGGUCAGUUUUUAAAGCAUUAUCUCAUCCUGAAUAUUGUUGAGCGGAUGUCGCUAAAACCACAGAGUCAGAGUGUUCCCUGCCUGCAGAUAGAGAUAAUCUACAGUAUGUUUUGUUUAGUUUUUUGCUCGUGGUUGGUGCAAAUAAUGAGGUGAAUUAUUAUUAAUGACUAAUGUUGUUAUUGCGUUUAUGGCAUGGAAGAUGAGAAGACUCUGGUAUUGCCUGUCCUGUAUUUCAUCAAGUCAGUUGUAUGCGCCAAAUUCUUAGCUUUUUCUCAAAAGACGUUUUAAACUGAAACCAAGUUGUGAUUCAGGAGAGUAAACUAUGACGUGAGGACUGAUAAUAGCUGUUUAGAUUAAGAGGUGAGCAGUAACUUGUGUUUUUGACUUUGCUCCUGAGACUGCGUGCAGGAGCAAAGUCUAGAAAGUGAGUCUAAACGUCUCCUUUAAUGCACCGUAAUAAAUGGCUUGUGACACAACCCCCGUUUUCCCUCAUGGGUCUAGAGAGGGAAGUUUUCCAUAUAUGUCGGCUUCCACAUAUUUUCCACUUCAGCAUCAGUGUUGACAUUACAGCAGCCUUCGUCCAGCCUGCUUGGCCUCGUUCUCAUGUGCUCUCCUGGGCCUGGAAACAAACCCAUGCCGUCACUCCCCAACCAGACUUGAUUCCUGUCACUUGCUGGGCCCCCUCUGUUGAAAACACUUGUUGUUGACUGGCCUGGUCUAGCAGUGCUCGUGCCGGCCCAGGCUCCCUCUCCUCUCUCUCCGGGGCCAGGCCUUCUGAGGCAGGCUUGGCCCUGAGUGGGCCCCCCCACCCGGGAAGCCAUGGGGAUCCAGGGCAUGGAGCUGUUUGCCAUCGGCGUGGUCAUCAUCCUUUUCAUGGCAGUUCUCAAGCAGUUUGGCAUCUUGGAGCCCAUGUCCUCAUUUGAAGAUGACAGCAGCGACAGUGACCUGGAGCUGUCUACGGUGCGUCACCAGCCGGAGGGUCUCGACCAGCUGCAGGCUCAGACCAAGUUCACCAGGAAGGAGCUGCAGUCCCUCUACCGAGGCUUCAAGAACGAGUGUCCCAGUGGGCUGGUUGAUGAGGAGACAUUCAAGACCAUCUAUUCUCAGUUCUUUCCCCAAGGAGAUGCCACAACCUACGCUCACUUCCUCUUCAACGCAUUUGACAUAGACAGAAACGGUUCAAUCCGCUUCGAGGACUUUGUCAUCGGCCUGUCGGUGCUGCUCAGAGGAUCAGUCACCGAGAAGCUCAACUGGGCCUUCAACCUUUAUGACAUUAAUAAAGACGGCUACAUCACCAAAGAGGAGAUGCUGGCAAUUAUGCAGUCUAUCUACGACAUGAUGGGGAGGUACACUUACCCCUGUGUGCGAGAUGAAGCACCCUCUGAACACGUGGACAAGUUCUUCCAGAAAAUGGAUAAAAACCGAGAUGGAGUAGUGACCAUUGAGGAGUUCAUUGAGACCUGUCAGAAGGACGAGAAUAUCAUGAACUCCAUGCAGCUGUUUGAGAAUGUGAUAUAAGGGAACCCUCCUGCACAAGACACUAAUACAAAGCGCGCCCACCUCAAACUCACCCUGGCACAUAAUGUAGGUACUCUAAAGGCAUAGGAACUAGACUUUUUUUUCUUUCUAUGUCUCGCUACGCUCCUUUCGCUGUAUCCUGCAAACUGCUUCUGGAUUGAAAAGACUGAUACGGACAGAAGAAGAGAAGAGCUUCCGGGGAAAAAAUUCCCCAUCUGUCAAGUGUGUUUUUGUGUCCUAAAUGAAGAAAACUGAAAAUCUUCCCGAGAUUUAUCGUCAGACCAAAAUAAUCAACAAGAUAUGGAGAUGGUCACAAUAAUCCUCUGACCUGAGCACACAAGGAUAUGAGCUAAAAGCACUAAUCUGUCUCUCUCUCACACACACACACACACACACACACACACACACACACACACACACACACCAACACACAUAAACACACACAAACCUCCUGUUUCCUCAAAAGUCUUUAAGAACCAGAUGAAGUGAACUAGUAAGUUAAAAUUAAAUCAAGAAAAAAAGAGAGAAAUAAUGUAAAGCAUGUUUGUCAUCAAAUAUGUGAUGUGGAAUUAGCUUGCACUACAGUUUUAUGACUAUGUAUCAUAUGCGCCUGAAGUAAAGACACUGUAUAUACCUGCACCUGAAACACCACUGGUGUGUAUGUAUAUAUGUAUAGUUAAUAGUUAUAGAUAGAUAUAUAUCCCACCUUGUAUUGUUCUCAUCUGUGCUGAACCGGGUGAUAAAACAGGACCUGAACGUUUUAUUUAUUUGAGGAAUUUCUGUUUAGUAGCAGUUUUUCGCUGAUUAUACACAUUUUUCCUUUUUUCUAUUUUGGAAGUUUAUGUUUAGCUGGUCAAAUUGGAAAUGUGAGUUUGUAUGAAACAGUGAAGAAACAAAAUGACUGUUAAACGUUUCUCCUUACUCUGAAUUAAGGCUUUCUCCCUCUUUUUCAGUAUCUACAAGCAUGCUGACUCUUAAGUGCCACAGUAUUGUGUUCAGUACAGUAGGACCUUUGUGAUGUCGGUUUAUUAAAGACACUGUCAACAGCU